AUGAGAAUUCCUUUUGCCGAAUACAUCGGUCAGCAUGUUUUGGUCAUGGAUGGUGGUCAAGGAACUGACCUUGAAGCCCGUGGAAUCGCUGUAGACAAUCCACUUUGGUCAACUGUUGCAUACUUAGACAGGGACGAGAAGCAGUUAAAAUGCGUUCGAGAUAUGUACAAGUCAUUCAUUGAUGCAGGUUCCAACACUCUCACGACUGUCACAUAUCAGAGCUCUUUUCAGUCAUUGCGCAAAUACAGCAAUGGUAAAAUCAGUAGCGAGGCUGACUAUUUUAAAUUUCUCGACUACAUACUCGAUUUCACUGAAAAUCAAUGCCUCACUUCAGACCAAUACUUAAUUGGCAGCAUUGGACCCUACGCUAGCUUUUUAUUGAACGGCACGGAAUAUUCUGGUGAUUACGGUCCUGAGAAGGUCGAUUUCGUCGAUUAUUACCGCCCCCAGGUUACCCACUUCGCGUCAGCGGCUCGUGUCGACUGCAUCGGAUUCGAGACUGUGCCUCAAUUUUGCGAGUUUAAAGCACUUUUGAGCCCCGAAUUUGCGAACUUGUGCUCUUCUAAACCGUACUACAUAAGUAUCACCACAGACAAGGAUGGAAAUUUGAGAGACGGAACCUCGGCGGAGGAGCUUUGCAAUUUUAUCGAAAAUAAAGCAAGAGAGCUGCCUUCUAAUCUUGUUUUUCUCGGCAUCAACUGCAUUGAAUUCGAAUAUUGUUCGGCGAUUUUAGCUAUACUAAACAACAGGCUCACCAAGUGCCGCGUGCGAUUCAAAGCCGCUUAUCCAAAUUCUGGCGAAAUAUAUGAUGGGUCAUCUCAUUCUUGGCUUCAAAAUCCAGACCCCAGUGCAUGUCAGACUUGGGAAAACUUGGCCUCAGAACUCUUGGAACAGAACUGUCGCAUGAUCGGUGGCUGCUGCCGUACUACUUCUGAACACAUUGGUCGUAUUGCCGCAAUCGUGCGCGGACAUGCUUGA